UAAAGGUAAUUUAUACUACAACUUUUGUACCACAUUAAUAACAUUAUGUGUAGGUAUCCAAGUAUUAUAGUUAUAUUUGUUUUAAAGGAAAUAUACUUUACAAAAGAUGGCGAAAAAAAAUGUCCUAAAGGAAAGUUAUACUCAAAAUAUUUUAAUAAACUUAGAAGUUUCAAGAGCCAAGGAUUUGCUGUUUCUUCACAAGUGUCCAAAGUACAAAAUAAUACUGAAAAAGAAAUUCGAACACAUGUUUUUGAGGAAUCAGACAUUGAAAUAGUAACUGAAGAUGAUGCCAUUACUCUUAUGGCUAGUUUAAAACACGAAGAGCUAACAUGGCCUGAAAUCGAAACCAUAUGGAAAAAAACUACCGGUUACCGAUUACAACAAAUUAAAGCAAAUUCUUCACCAGCUGGAAUACAAAAUACAUGGCCUCAAUACUCUCAGCCACUUGGGUAUAAACUUGUUGAUAUUGAUUUCAAAAGACUAUAUAUAAAUGCUUCCGACAUGAUAACAAUGUAUGAAAAAUCAUUGAUAAAAUUAAUGCAAAUUUUGGAUGAACGUGUAAAAGACCCUAGUUGUCGCAAAAUGUUGGAAGAUAUGAAAAAAGAUGGUAACAUAUCAGAGAAUUCCAAAAAUUCUAUUGUUUUGUACUUGCUUCACGCUCUCUUUGUACCUACUACAAAAAAGGCCUACAUCGAUUCUAGUGGAAAAAGAUGUUUACAAAAAUUUUCAAUAAAAGAUUCACAAAACAGUCUGGUGAUGGUGGCAAAUACAGUAAUUGAACUAGAAGAAAAUAUGAAAGCUAGAAAGCAGAAAAAUAUUCCAAUACAGCCUUGUAUGUUAAUAGUUGGCACAAUCAUAAAUCCUUCACAAAUUAUUAUUUAUUUUGAUGAAAUCAAGUAUAAGUUUUUCUCUGUUAUUAAAGCAAUUGACUUAUGUUUUAAAAUCUAUCAUGUUUUUAACAUUGAGUACCCGAUAGAGUCUUUAAAUGUUUGGCUAUUCAUACAACCCAAAACAUACUUAUCACAACCAGAAAUGUUGCAAUUUUUAAAGAAGUGUACUGGAGUUUUCACACAAAUGUACUGUAACAGAUACAAAGUUAAAAAAACUACCAAAAGUUUGAGUAAUCGUGAAAAAACAUUCUUGUAUUUUCUACCAAAUUAUCAUUAA